UUUAUUUUAAAAAAGCUAAGUUUUAUUAGUAAAAUAAAGAGUACAAACAUAUGGAAACAUCUGAACCCAGAAUAGAAAUAACAUGGUCCAAUGUUGCGAAGAAAAAAAAAGGUCAUAUGCAAAUGCAGCUCAUUUCUUCUCAGUGUUGCUUGCCAAUUCCUUUCUGAGCUGCAGAGAGAGAAGUCAUCGUUGACAUCAUCAUCAUCCCAAUCAUCUUCCCCUUAUUGGGUUACUUCUUUUCCUUCCUCUUUGUCCUCCUAUUCUUGAUCAAUUGCAAACUCCUCAAAUUCGUCGUCACCUUCGAAUAGAUCCAUCUUCAUGUCUUCAGCCGUUGGCUUUGGUUGUUCAGUCGCCAUUGCAAUUCAGAGAUAAGGAGAUAUUUUAAGAACAAUGAUUUUGCUUAUUGUCAAGGUUUGAUUGGAAUCUUGAUUGGUAAUUUGAAACGUUGGGUGCCCUAUUUUUUUUUUUUUUUUAAUUUUCAAAAGACACGUUUAAAGAAAGGAUUUUUAGUUCCCUUAGAACUCUUCCAUCACUUGGACUCCUUGUCUACUAAUUAGAUACUUGCUGCUUUUUUUUUUUUUUUUUUCGUUGCUUCACCCGUAUCCCAAAUUUUAGGGAUACCAAAUCCCAUUUUUUUUGGGGAGACAGUUACUUGCAGCUGACACCUAUAUAAGAAGCCAACCUUCUCAACUCAGAGCACAUCACAAUUUUAUUUUUGCAGAUUUUUGUUAUCGCAGUUACCUUCAAACUUUAGCUCUUCUUCUUCAAGCUCAACAACAUGGUGAAUUUUAGAGGCUACACUUCCCCCUCAUCCAAACUUAAGUAUCUUAUUAUUGAGAGCAAUGAUGGUGGUGCAGCAGUGCAAACAAAAUUAGUGGUUCAUACUCCCUUAACUGGAUGGUAUGCAGGUUCGUGGCCGCCCCUUCGGAACUCGCUUCAUAUGUCAAACUGGACUUCAGAAUGCAAAUCUACUUCAACUCGAACUCCCCAGAUGUGGUCUCUUCAGGCACCCAACCACCGCAAUGCAAAUAUUGCAAGCGCACUUCCAAGCUUGGGUCGUCGCAUAGUCCGAGGAGAAGUACGCUGGGGAGAGACGGUAGUGUUCGAAGGUGAAUAUUGUCACAUUCCAGGAUAUUGGGAGUGGGCCGAGGAUACACUCAGUAGAAGUCAAGAAGUCUUAAGUGCAGCAGACAUCUAUGAUGCCAUUUAUGCCUCGCUUUUCACGUAUGAUCGGAAUUCAAGUAUAUUGCAAGCAUUUUGUGAGGCUUGGUGCCCCAAGACGAAUACACUCCUUACAUCCGUCGGGGAACUAUCUAUUUCUUUAUGGGAUUUACAUACACUUGGAGGUUUGCCGAUUGGAGGUCAUUUCUAUGAGGAGGUUAUCCCUGAAGCUAAGGAACUCACAGGAGUUGACGCGAAAAAUCAGAGAUAUAUUUCACGAGUUUGCGAGUAUUUGUUCACCACUUUUCAUUAUCUUCAAGAGGGCAGAAGUGACAACCCGAGGGUCUCUUUGAGCAAGUGGAUACAAUUUUGGUACAAAAGAGCUCUAAAGUACCAACCUGCUCCGCCAAGGAGGGAGAAGAAAUCUGCGCGUUUUAAAUCAACACACAACCCUACUGGAGCUAUACUUGAGGCGUCCCAAUGGUCAAGAGAGGAAGAAGUUGUAUUUAAUAAACUUGGAGUGAGGCCUGCAAAGAGAGAUGAAGCAUAUCUUGCAGCAUUUUUGUCAUGUUGGUUGUGUGCUUUCGUGCUUCCUUCCGAAGAGGGUAACUUCAUUCGUCCGGGGACUUUUAAGAUUGCGACUAUGAUGGCAGCCAAACGAAAGAUUAGCCUUGCAGUGCCGGUUUUAGCAAGUAUUUAUAGCAAUCUUAAUAAUAUUUCCCGUUCGUCGCGACUUGAUCUUAUCAAAGUCCGUUUUCCAAUCCAUUAUAUUUAUGGUUGGCUUGCUUAUUAUUUCAAGACUCAUUUUGCUCUUGUAAAUGGACCGUCUAAUCCAUUGAUGGUGGCAUAUUCGGGAGAAGGUGCCGCACGGUACUUCGAAAAAAAGGAUGCAAGGAAGCGUAUCCAUCAAGGAGAUAAUGUAACUUGGACUUCAACUAUGUUAAAUAAUUCUGAGCCUUACCACUACGUUGUUAAUAAUGAUGCCUAAGAGCUGGAGCUAAAUUAUUUUAUGAGCGUCCGCUUUGGAUAUCUCUCCUUGAGGGAUGGAAACUCUGUCAUUAUCGAGCCAUAUAGUCCACACCGAUUCAGUCGUCAGUUUGGAUUUUAUCAAAAAAUCCCAGGUGCUUUGGCCAAUGAUUAUCGCAGUGCCUCAUUAGCUGAAGGUCUCCAAUUUUGGCGGAUUUGUGUGUUAUCCAGGUCUAUGUCCUGUGCGACUUUCCCUCCUAUUACACCUAAUGUGAAGAAACUCUUUGCCGAUGAUUACAGGACUUGGUGGUCGAAAACACAUGGAAAUUUUCUUGAUGACUACUUCCAAUAUUUGGUGGAUGCAGCUGGCCCAUGCACCAUUGCAGCCCCAAUGGCUGAUGAUUCUUUCCUUCCGGAGGUCAUAUUGACCGAGAAAUGCAAAGGCAAGGGGUCUCAGUUACUCAUAAAAGCUCCAACAGAAUGUUUGGAUGAUCAAGGCCACCAAGGUGGCAGCAGCUCAUUUCUGCUGAGUAAGGCUGCUCAAGCUUCUAACAAAAGAUCGUCUCGAGGCGAGAGUGAUAGCAGUUAUGAAGAUCGUUGUUGGAGGAAAGUGAGGUCGCGUUCAGAAAAAUUGGAAGAUACCAAUUUGGCAGUGGUCAAGAUUCCUGACAGCGUUGAUAGUCCUUCAAGGACCAUGACAACUCUUAUUAGAAAGCCAAAUAGUGUUGGAGCAUUACGACGGGGAAAGUCAACGGAGAGCGGUGAGUCUGUUUCUGGUCCGGACCUAAUAAAAUCCUCUUCCAUAGCAAAGGCAGAACAGGGGACAACUUCUAUUUUUUGUGAUAAAGAGAAAGAAAAGUUGAGUUCCGACUUGCAUAAACGUACAUCAGCUGCAGUGUCCGUAUUUGACGGAAAGAAGGUUGUCCUGAACUAUAGAAAGAUGUUUAUUUCUAAUCUUUGGGUUGUGAUUCGAGAUAAGCUUUCCGGAAGUGAUGUAGACAGGGCUUCCUCUCUUGAAGAAGAAAUCCAAGUGAUUCUCCAAGAUAUGGAUGGAAAGGAUGUGGAUGUUUCCCCUUUGAUGAAUUUAUUGAAGUCGUUUUUUGAGCUUGCAGCUUCGUACGACCAGGCACGGUCAAACCUACAUGAUAAGGACAUGGAAGCUGCCAGAAAAUAAAUAUUUACAGCAGCUGGAGAGCAUCUUUCAAAUGCCAUGUUUGAAGAACACGAGAAGGUCGAAAGAGCUUCAUCUAUCCGUCAAUCUCUAGAUGAAGUGCGAGAGAAGUUAGAAAAGCUGCGCGCAAAGGAGAAGAAGUUAGAACUCCUCCUAGAAGUCACUGAGAAGGAAGUCGAAGAUGCUAAAUUGAGGGCCUUGACUGCUGGAAAGGAGUUCGACGCGUGCCAUGAUGUAGACUUGUCGAAUGCCAAGGACUCAAUUGACUUAGAGCAGAAGAAGGGGCGCCUGGAAGCUAUGCGCCAAGACUUAAUCAAUUACAAAUUGUGUUUAGAUUAGUCUAUAGAAUGUAUUUCAAUUGCUCUCUUUCUCUUUUUCUUGCCUUUGAUUGAUUAGUGGAUGUUAUUAUCAGAAAUAAAGACUUCGUCUAUUUUGUUUUA